AUGCGCGGUCACAUCGCCAUUUCGCAGAUCGUCAACAUGGCGGAGAGCACGACUUCGGAUGGCAAGCAAGCGACGGCGCCAGCUCAAGGCACGGCGCCCCCCGGCAGCGCGCCACCUCCGACACAGCAGCGCACCGGCCACGCCCCUGCGAGCACCGCACCAGCAGGCGGCGGCAGCGGCCAGGCGGGUAACUCAGCGUCCGGCGACACUUCGACGGGCAGCACCAAGACGGGCGUGACCAAGCGCGUCUCCUUCUCCAGCGCCACCGGCAAGACCUCCGACGCGGACAUGCGCGAGGCCGAUGGCAACGCCUCGACUGACGCUGCAACCCAGGAAACUGGUGACGCGAACUCAGAGUCCAAGGCUCCAGACGCAGGCGGCGUGGCUCCGGACGUGGACAUGGAGGGCGUCCCUGAGUUCAAGUUACCACGACACGCGACGCUAGAGGACGUCAGGGGACUCAUCUUCGCAGGCAUGCUUCGGCAGGAGGAGGUCGGUCCCCCUGACUUCCUGGUCCCUGAACGCCCCCCGCACUGGAAACUGCCGGCUCCGCCGAAUCUCAAGACCAACGCGUAUCUCGUGGGGAUCCCAGGGAUCAUGAACGACAUUCGCGCGGGCGCGUUCGCCAUGGAAGGCUAUGGCGGCGCGACCACGAUGGUCGGCUUCGAGGAGCUCUCCGACGAGGAUCUUCAGGGGUUGAAGGAAGUCUGUGGCGCCGACGCUGGGAUCGGUGUCCUAUGUCCACGUCGUUCGCCUUCAUCUUCCUUCUCACACACUGCCAAAGCCUCAGCAGUAUCACCUUCUCCAUAA